GAUUUUGUGAGGGAGGAGAGAGAGAGAAAGAGAAAGAGAGAAGUGACUGUUGAUCAGUCUCAGUCAGUCUUCAGCGAGGCAGCAAUGAGAGAGGAUCAUGCGGCGGACAAACUUUCUCUUGCAUCAUCAUCCUCAUCAUCCUGUGAAUCCAUCCAAACCCAGCUGAGGAAUAAUGUCAGCAAACAACACCACCAGUAGGGAGUACACCUGCGUGCGUUUUUACGUGUCCACCGUGUCCUUCUCGGUGUUGCUCUUCUUCAACCUCAUCAUCAACUGGACCAUAGUACGCGUAAAGCAGCUCCGGAGUCAUGCCCGCUUCGUGCUCAUCUUCCACCUGCUGCUGUCCGCCCUGGUGUACCUGGGCAUGAACAGCAUCUUCCAGUAUCAGAUCCACCGGCAAGCACGACCUGGUCGCUCUGCGUGCCUGGCCAUGAUCAGCAUCUUGAUCAGUAGCGCCUCCAACAUCCUCCUGACGCUCACGGUGAUGGCUUUGGACCGCUACUGCGCCGUGUGCCACCCGAUGCGCUCCACCUCCAAAUGCACCUCGGGUCUCUGGCCCUGGUUGGUAGGGGUGCUCACAUGGCUCAUUGCUUUGGUCAUCCCCCUCAGCUUACUCUUUCGCCCGGAAACCUCCGGCGUCGACUAUAACGGGCAGUGCGGGCCGGAGCAGCUGAGGAAAGGCGAGCUGCAGAAAGUGCUGUUCAUCGGUUCGUGCACGCUGCUCAUCCUGUACAGCUAUGUAAGGAUACUGGUGGAGGGACGCCGGUUAGGGGUGCUGAACCGGCGCAACCGGACCGGUUGCAGGACAAUCGCCCUGCACGGGAGCCAGCUGGCGGUGUUCAUCCUCCCAAACUUUGUGAACUUUGUGCUGACGAUAUUAUACAAACGGAACCUGGUUCAGAAGGAGACCAAAGAGCUGUCAGCCGUGGUCAGCUUUGCUUUCUUCAGCUUGGCGCAAUGCGUUGCACCGAUUAUUUACGGCCUGCGCAAAGAGGAACUCAUGGAGCAUUUGAGUCACAGGUUCCCCUGCUUUUCCCGAUACUUGAAGGGUGUCCUCGGAUGGACUGUGGGAGUCGAUUGGGCACACACCCACCACAAAACACGGGAGCGAACGAUGACAGCCCAGACGAUCAUCUCCUUAGAGGCCCAACAAGUCCCAGAGGAGGAAACAAGCCCAAUAUCAGUCACGAGUUCCUCACAUGGCUUAGACUCAUGUCAAGGCGACAGGGACAAUGCCUGAUGGGGAAAAAACAGGUCAAUGUCGGGAUCCCGACUGCCAGAGCAACAUUUGGAAAACCGGCCGGUGACAUUAAAGACCUUUAAGGAACUAAAGGAACCGCCUUGGACAUAAUAAUCCAGAUCUAUAAGGAACGCUGGAUGUGAAUCAUCGUCCUUGCUCUAUUUCUGAGCGCUGGAAAUGCUCAGCGGACGACAGCAGAAGACUUUAUGGUUUAAGGAGAAGUUCUCGUGUUGUAAAUUUUCCUGGCUGUUCCAGGGAGUUUCGGGCCACAAAGUUCACGUCUGUUCCCUUAGCCCUGCAUCAUUUGGGAUUAAAAUAACUGGGAUGGAGGAUUAAGCAUAUCAUCUGGUGAACAUUGUUUCCAUGUGAUUUGGUGGAUAUUAAAACUUGUGCAGCACCUUGGAAAUUAAACAGUGGGAGGGAACUGACAGUAAGAAAUCUGAUUCACUUCCAAGGAUUAGAUGAUGAAAUCCAUGAAAUCCCUCAUAUCUGUCCUAUCCGUCAUAUUGACCAUGGGGCGGAUGAAUGGCCAAAGUGUUUUGAGUAUCAACUCCAGUGAUGGAAAGAGUGCUGACAAUCUGUACUUAAGCAGAGGCAUUGUUACGUUACUGAUACAGGGUCUAUUUUAUCACUUGAUGGGUGAAAACAGAAGUUUUUGCUGAGCCCUAGCUGUGAAAACACAUCAUCAAAAGUUGCUUCUCCUCUGUGGUGAGCAUCAAAGCUAAGAUAUUGCACAAACCUGUGAUGGAAACAAGAAUGUGAUGUACUAUUACAACAUAAUUAAUAAAACGUGUUAAUAUUAUGUAUUAAU